AUGCACUCAUCCGCCAGACACAUCGCAAAGCAGAUCGCCACCCACCCAGAGACCAAGUCGAUCGCAAAGCAAGUCCAGAGAAACAUGGCUUCGGGCACCCCCUCCGAGACGGCCAAGGCGCAGGCCUCCGCCGACGCCAACGCGCCCAGCUUCGAGUCCAUCGGCAUCAAGAACAACGACAUCGUUCAGAAGUCCGGCGUCUCGCUGUCGCAGCAGCAGAAGGUUCUGGUUGGCAGCGUUCUCGAUCUCUUCGAGGGUAACCCCACGCUGAAGCACCUGUCACUGUGGUCCAGGAACGCCACUUUCCAGGACAACAUCACCGUCGCCGAGGGCUACGACAAGUUCGCCGCCCAGUGGUACGGCCUCCCGGCGCUGUUCAACCCCAUCAAGAUCCAAUCGCACACCGUCACGUCCGCCGGUAACCCGAUCGAGCUCGAGCUGAAGAACAGCUACACCGUCAAGGGCGUCAAGACGGAGCAGACCAUGGAGAGCGUCGUGCAGAUCGAGGUCGGAGACGACGGCAAGAUCGUCAAGGUCAACGACAAGUGGAACAACAACCUCCCCGACGGGGCUUUCUCGCAGGCAUUGCGCAAGUUGAAUGCCGUCACCGUGCCGGCCUUUGUCAAGGUCCCCAAGAACGAGGAGGAGGACCAGAAGCUGAAAGCGGAGAGGGAGAAGCAGUAG